AUGCAGACAGGGGAGUCGCCUCUCGACAUUGAGAAGGGGAUUUGGGGGCCCCUGCUGAGGCAGAAGGCACAGCAGGGAGACUUGGAGAAGGCUGACGAGGGACGGAAAAGCGCAUGGAGUACUUUGCUCGAAAUCGAAGUAGCGGAUGCACAACUGACGCUUUCGAAGGGGCCUCAUUUUCGUGACGGAGGGGCCUCCCAACUUGGCGUGCGCGCCGACGUGCUGAGGCUCUCGCUCAGCGGCACCAGCUUGCUGCUUGCCUGCAGCAACUGCAGCAAAGACAGCAGCAGCAAGAGCAACAGCAGCAACAGCAAAAGGCCGCAAACUGCCAUAACUCGUUUGAUGGGUGUGUCAGUGCGGGAGCUGAGAGUAGAGGAUUUGGUGGAGGGUUCUGCUUUUGGCUAUUUGCUGCGGCAUUACGAGGAUGAGAAAGCAAGACCUUUGCCUUUUACUCUCCCCAUGCUCCGUGCGAUUGUAUCGGAAAGCUGCCUUCCCCGUCAGCGGCUGCUGUUGCCGCGUCUCGAGCAAGAGCAGCAGGAGCAGCAGGAGCAGCAGGAGCAGCAGGAGCAGCAGCAGUUUGAAUACGAAGUGGACGUCAAGAUGCUGCCUUUCGCAGUGUCUCUGCACCAGUGCACCGUCGACGCACUGGAGAGUUUCUCUCAGCAGCUUCUUGUCGCAGGAGUCUUCGAACUUCCCACCCCUGUUCACACGCCUGAAGGCGAAUCUUCUUCCAGCUGCAAGCAUCAUGGCUGGCGACAAUCUUCUCGCAGUCGGAGGGGCCCCGGAAGCUGCAGUCCGCUGGGAUGCAGCAGAGAAUCUCUCGCCGCGGCUCCUUCCCACUCCCACACGCGGGCGGAAAGACGCUGCGGCAGGCAGCGACAGCAGCAGCUGCUGCUGCUCCUGCAGCGACAGCAGCAGCAGCGGCUGCGGAAGCGAGCCGUGAUGAUCCGGUGUAUAAACAGCGUGGCACCUGUCAACGGCAUUCUUAGGGGGGGGAGGACUCUUCGCGCAUGGCUGCUGAGAACGUUUCGUCGUCAUAAGGGAGGCUGCAGUCGAAAGUCUCUUGCGAAUGCUGCUGGAGUCGAAAUUCGCAGUCAGAGGGUAGUGUCUGCUGCGCUGCAGCAGCUGAUGAUGACUUCUCCGGAUGCGCGAGGGCUUGCGCUGCUGCUUGCAAAGAACGUUGCUGCGGCUGCAGCUGCUGCUGGCUUCAAGAGCUUGUGGGUUACUCGAUGGCUCCCACUGCGUGAUGCUGCUGAUUUCCGUCGCUUGUGCUUCUGUUGCUGUUUGAAAGUAUCCCCUCCUCUGGCUGUGGGGGCUGCUGGGGGUGUUGCGACAUGUGCAUGCAUGAUGAAAAAUGAUGGUAAUGGUAAUAGUGGUGGUAAUAGUGGUAAUAGUGGUGGUAAUUGUGGUAAUAGUGGUGGUAAUUGUGGUGAUGAUAGUGGUGAUACUGGUGAUAAUAGUGGCGGUAAUUGUAGUGAUACUGAUGAUAGUGUCUCGGAAAAAGCCUUGCGGGGCAUGCAUUCGCUGCUGUAUCUGCUCGAUCGCGCGUAUACACCAGGCAGCUGUCCGCCUUACCCUUCUGCUACCUUCCGUUCGCGAAGCAGCAGGGGAAGCGACGUGCUGCUGUUGUGUCGAGAUCCCUUCGCAAACAGCAGCAGCAGCAGCACAAGGCGCUUAGCAGGCAGUAUACAGACGACGCGACGGCACAGAUUAGGCCUUACAGCGUCUCAGACUUCCGUUGACAGCAGCCUAGCGGAAAGUACCUUGGUGGAAGCCAGUAGCGAAUGGGCAGUAGUACAUCUAGGUGCAGAAGGCUUGUACGAGCCGGAGGGGGUGAUGGCAGGCAUUGGCGAUGCUUGCCGCUGUGUCUCCCGUGGAUUCACUUCUGCGCGCGAUGUGUUGCAUCGUCUGUACAGUCCAAACACCAUGGGCGUAGAGAUGUUGCAGGUAGCUGGACGUGUCCUCCCUGCCCUCAUCCUCAGACCCCUACUGGGCUUCUCGGAGGGAUGCACUAGGGCUGUGCAGGGUGCCCGCAAUCAGCUGCGACCAUCUGCCCGAGCGCAGUGGCUGUCUGUAGCUCGACGUCCUCACGUGGAAGUUGGCAUCAUCCCCUCCGAUGAGGAUGACGAUAUGCUCAUUGCGUAG